UACUGGGUCAGACCAAUGAUCCAUCCAGCCCAGUAUCCUGUCUGCCAACAGUGGCCAGUACUAGAUGUCCCAGAGGGACGGAACACAACAGGUCGUUUGUAUGCUAUGCAGACUGGGAUGAAGCUUGACAGUAAAACACCAGAAUGCCGUAAAUUUUUAUCCAAGCUGAUGGAUCAGUUGGAAGCUAUGAAAAAGCAACUGGGUGAUAAUGAAGCUAUUACUCAGGAAAUAGUUGGCUGUGCCCAUGUGGAGACUUAUGCUUUGAAAAUGUUUCUAUAUGCAGACAAUGAAGAUAGAGCUGAGAGAUUUCACAAAAACAUGAUAAAGUCCUUUUAUACUGCAAGUCUCCUGAUGGAUGUUUUGUCAGUAUUUGGGGAGCUCACUGAAGAGAAUGUUCAACACAGAAAGUAUGCCAGAUGGAAGGCUGCAUAUAUUCAUAACUGUCUAAAGAAUGGAGAGACUCCUCAGCCUGGACCUGUUGGAAUGGAAGAGGAAGAUUAUGAUGCUCAAAAUGAAAAAGCUGGCUCAUCUGUUCUACCUACGCAGGUACCUCAGCCAUCAUCUUCUACAUAUGAUCCAAACAUGCCAACUAGUAAUUAUACUGGCAUACAUAUUCCACCUGGUGCACAUGCUCCAGCCAACACUCCAGCUGAAGUACCUCAUAGCACAGGUGAAACAAGUAAUACCAUUCAACCCGCUCCACAGAAUAUCCCAGUUGUAGAUCCUUCUCUUUAUAAAGCUCAAUCGUCAGGGGAAAUCCGUUUGACCCCAGAAGACUUUGCCAGAGCUCAGAAAUAUUGCAAAUAUGCUGGUAGUGCUUUGCAAUAUGAAGAUGUGAGCACUGCUGUGGAGAAUCUACAGAAGGCUCUCAAGUUACUGACUACAGGCAGAGAAUGACAUCUUUUAUCCAACAGAUUUGUGUCUUUUGCCUAAAGAACUAACUGUCCAUUACUUUACCUUCUGCCUAUCAGGAGAAUGCAAUUAUAUAAAAGCUCUCAAUUCCAUUGGCCAUGACUAUGAAAUCUGUGUCUCAAUAUCCGAUCCCUAAUGUAACACUAACCAGCAGCCUCAGCCUGCUUGCAUUUUCCACACAGUGGAACUGGAAAUAUAUGAGCACAGUGAUUUGAUCAAGAUACUGGAUAAUGUACUCCAAACACUGUUUAAGAGUUACAAUUAAUGCUACAAUAUUUUGGAAAAAGCAAAAUAAUGUGCUCUACUUGCACUGAGUCUGAAUUUAUCACUGUUAAUAAAAAUUAAAAAGAAAAAUGGCUUUAGGAUUGCUGAAAUUUAGAUAGGCCAUGAAAUGAUCUUAAUGUACAUCCAGAAAAGUCCUUUUAAAAAAAUGCAACUUAAAUAUACAAUUAAAGUGUUUUGAUAUUACUUGAGAUCAUAUUAAAGGUGUGGGAAGUUUGAAGAGAAAAAUACUGAGAUUGCAUUGAUAAAUUAUUGUACUGGAACAUUCAACUCCAAAAUCUUUGGGCAAAAACAUUUGGAUGUCCCCCUACACACAUUGCAAACUGCUAAAUAUUAGUUUUGGUAAAUGAUUCAUACUCAUUUUGCAUGGACAAUUUAAAUUGUAUAUAUUAAGGGUGGUUAAAAGAAGGUAUUGGUGUUAACCAAAAUUAAAUCCAAAACCCACAUCCUAACACUGAAUUUUUAAGGACAUUUGCAUCUAGAUUUAAGCUUCAGAGCUGCCCCAUUUCUUUGACCAACAAACGUCCCCUCCACCAAAUGCCUGGACUUGGAUACCUGCAUAGUCUCUAUUUAGAUCCAGACUCUGCAGCUCAGGUUCAUCUCUAGUGUUAAUGCGACAGAGCUGGUAUUCUCCCUCGCCUGCUUUCUUUCUGGUGGAGACUUUGGAGAUUUUAGAAUUGAUGAAAAUAUUUUGGAAUUUGAACUCUGAACACUUUAUAAGCUUUGUCAUGGAGAAUAAUGGAACUAUUGAUUGUUAAAACUGCAUCCAUGCUGUAUAAAAACAAAUGAAUAAAAUGUUCUUAAAUUAUUAUGA